AUGGCAGCUUAUAAUAUGGUGUUGGCCGCAUUCCUGGCCCAUCAAGCUGUGGCACAACAGACGAAUGGAAACUGUCAGACCCCAUUCAAGGAGGAAGGCAACUGCGUGCUGACGGGGUCCUGCCCAACUCUGGACAACGUCAUCACCAACCAGACGGUGCUACGCCGAUACGUAUGCGGCUUUCGGAGAAACAAGCCCAAACUGUGCUGCCCUACGACGUCACAGGAGGGCAAGCCUUUUGCCCAGCUGUUUACCACCACCACGCCCGCGCCCACAUCGCCCACCGCUGCACCCGAACCUCCGCCAUUCACCUUGGUAGCCCCCAAGGCGGCCGGUAACUCUGGCGCCGCUAUCAAGCCGCUCGAGCCACCCAAACCCAUUAAGAACUACCCGAGCUUCCUACCAGGAGGCUGUGGAAUCUCGAACAUUAGCAGCAUCCGCAUCGUUGCUGGAAAAAUCUCGGAAGUGGGGGCCUGGCCUUGGAUGGCCGCCAUCUACCUGAAGACGAGCGACAAGGACAAGAUCGGCUGCGGAGGCGCCUUAGUUUCCCCCAAGCACAUCCUGACGGCCGCGCAUUGCGUCAGCGUCGGUGUGCGCGCCACAAAGCUUCCGGCGCGGGUCUUCAGCGUGCGUCUGGGCGACCACGACCUGUCGUCGGCUGACGACAACACUCUUCCCAUUGACGUGGAUGUAAGCGCGGUGCACAGGCAUCCCAGCUACGAUCGCCGUACAUACAGCAACGACGUAGCUGUGCUCGAGCUGAGCAAGGAGGUCUCCUUCAACCAGUUCGUGCAGCCCGUGUGCCUGCCUUUCGGGGAAAUCUCCAAGAAGGAUGUGACCGGAUACCACGGGUUCAUCGCCGGCUGGGGAGCCACGCAGUUUACCGGGGAAGGCAGCAGCGUGCUCCGGGAGGCCCAGAUUCCCAUCUGGGAGGAGGCCGAGUGCCGGAAGGCGUACGAGAGACACCUGCCCAUCGAGAAGACUCAGCUGUGCGCGGGAGACGCCAACGGCAAGAAGGACUCCUGCCAGGGCGACUCCGGAGGUCCGUUGGUGCUUCCUUUCGAGGGCCGCUACUACGUGCUCGGCGUGGUGUCGUCCGGGAAGGACUGCGCCACUCCGGGCUUUCCGGGCAUCUACACCAGGGUGACCAGCUACCUGGACUGGCUCAAGGGCAUCAUCAACUGAAAAGGCCCUUCCACUCAGUGUCCCAUUAUCGGCUCACUCUGCGUCGUUCGGACAUAAUGACAGCAAGUGUGAGACCAGCUGAACCAGCGCAGCGAGAGGGCUUGGAAUAAAAGCGUCGUGCGGAGAA